AUGUUAGAAAAUUAUUAUGAAUCCAGUACGGGAACUGAUGAAAUCAAAAAAGAAGCGAUAGAAUGGUAUUUAAAAUAUGCAAGUAAUGGAAAUGCAGAAACGCAAAAUAAAGAAGUUAUUUUAAAAGAAGGCGUUUGGAUGGUAACUGUUUCUGCAGAGCAAGGAAUCUUAGUACUUAAAUUGGUUGAAGAAUACAUCCUAGACUUUAAACUUGCAAGUAAAAUACUCGAGCAUAGAGUAUAUUGUCUUAGAAAGAAUUUGAUGCAAUAA